CGGCAUCAGAAUCUCAGCGUCGCUUCAGUGAGUUGCCGUGAGGAAGAUUUUAUCAGAUUCAGAAGUAAACCUGGACCAGAUCGUGUACAACACUCAACCAAACUGCAAUAGAUUAAGAAUGUCCAACAAAGCGACGAUAGCAUUCAUGGUUGUGUAUGGGAUCAUAAUGCAUUGCAAUGUCUACUGUUCACCGACCGGAAUGGAUUACCCAGGACUUAGGGACGAAGAUGAGGCAUAUGAUGAAAAGGGAAACUCACUACCCGAUCUGACUUACGAAACUGAUCGAAAUGGCAUCCGAAUUCCUUCAUCGAUGAUUAAUGACCUGAACACGUUAUACUAUAUGCCGGAGAAAAGAACGGAGAGACAUGCUGAUGGGCUAUUUACUCAACGCCUAAGGGGCAUAUACAAAGAUGACUUUAUAAGAAACUUCCUAAACUCACACAUUCCUUCAAAGCGCGACGGUGGCAGCAGUGUUGGGAAGGACACGGAACCCCCGUCAAAGCGACAUUCCGAUGGCAUCUUUACUGACAGCUACAGCCGUUACAGGAAACAGAUGGCUGUCAGAAAUACCUGGCAGCUGUCUUGGGGAAAAGGUAUAAACAAAGGGUUAAAAAUAAAGGACGCCGAGUAUUCUAUUUGUAGCGACGAGUGACUACCCACCCUGUGUAUACAGUCCUAUCCAAGAUUCGGUUCAAACGACUGAAUAAUCAUCGCUCCACUGUUAUUUAAACAUGUAUUUAUG